AUGCGGACAAAGCUCGCUCAAGUGCCCAUACCAUCGAUAGGAUUACAAUCCGCCAGAAUUGCAGCAACGUUGUUAACUAUGAACGCAUACAAAAAUGCAGGGUCCAUAUCCAUCUAUUUAUCAAUGCCGUCUGGCGAGGCUGUGACGAACGACAUUGUGAAAGAUGCUUUGACCCAGCACAAAGCUGUCUUUGUUCCAUUCAUUGAUAAUGCAGUAAGUAGAAAUGGGGGAUCGCUCAUAAAGGCAAUGAAAAUGGAUAUGGUAUCUCUAGCUUCAAUAGAUGACUUCGAGCGUACCGAAGAGAAUCGAGACCGAUGGGGUAUUCCAUCGGUCGCACCCGAGUCGGUGCAAGGUCGGGCCAAGGUCUUAAGGGUUGGAGCGAGCACCGCCCAUGACUCUAGCGGUGGCAUAGCAAUAACAGCCGAGUUUGAAAGAUCAGCAGAAGCUACCCUGGACGUCGUUGUGAUGCCAGGCAUGGCAUUUGAUCGAAAUUGUGGAAGGCUCGGCCACGGUAAAGGCUACUAUGAUACGUUUCUGGAGGACUAUCGAGACAGCAAAGUUGGCGCGUCCGAAAAGGCACAUUUUGGACUGGCUUUGUGUGAACAAGUACUCCACGAAGACGAGACCGUGCCAACAAAUCAAGACGACUGGGCCCUAGAUGCUCUGGUGGUUGGCGACGGCUCCAUCAUUGAAAGAAAGCCAAAUAUUUUUUGA